GUUCAACAACAAGGGCCGGGAAGGGAGACAGUUGACUGAGAAUGCCCGUUCUGCGCAGUGGGUUGACUUUGACGAAGGGGUCUCGCCUAUCCCUCUAAAGCAUUAAUAAUGAAUGAAUUCCGUAUGUACGAAGCAUUUGGCAGCAGAUUUGUUUUGGUCCACAUACAUUUGUUGUGCGAAUCGUUCAAACUAAAUAUCAUACUGUAUAGAUGUUUCCUCAAGUCAGAGAAAGACAAAGUUGAACCAGUCGUCCACUAAUCAAAAGCUCUAAUUACUCCGUAUCUGAUAGAUAUCUCCCCUGUUUCUGUGUUCUGAUGGCAGGCUUCAUUACGCACAUUCAUUCAAGGCAGAGAAAAGAAGAAAGCUUGAGGAGACUUUAGUAUGGGAAUUUGCUGGAGUUUUGCUUCAAAUAAUCAGACUCCACCUACCACUUCUACUACUACUUUGGGACAUCUUACUUCUUCUUCGGCAGCUGGAAUUUCACACACAACAAGCAACAUAACAACGUCGACGUCGUCAGCUUUGAGUGGCAAAAGCGCUGGCGAUGAUGACAUGCUCGGUGAAGAAGGUCGGAUAUUAUCACACCCCAAUUUGAGAAUCUUUACUUUUGCUGAGCUCAGGGCUGCCACAAGGAACUUCAGGAGCGACACGGUGCUUGGAGAAGGAGGGUUUGGCAAGGUUUACAAAGGCUGGUGGAUCGAAGACAGGGGCGGCACCACCGCCUCAAAGAGUGGCAGUGGAACCGUCAUUGCAGUAAAGAAACUCAAUUCUGAAAGUUUUCAAGGGUACGAGGAGUGGCAGUCAGAAGUGAACUUUCUGGGAUGUCUCUCUCAUCCAAAUCUCGUCAAGCUCAUAGGAUACAGUUGGGAUGAGAAAGAACUACUCCUUGUAUAUGAGUUCAUGCAGAAGGGAAGCUUAGAGAAUCAUCUUUUCGGAAGGGGAUCUGCGGUUAACCCACUUCCUUGGGAGGUAAGGCUCAAAAUCCUGAUUGAUGCAGCUCGAGGUCUGGCAUUCCUCCAUGCAUCAGAGAACAAAGUGAUUUAUAGAGAUUUCAAGGCCUCAAACAUAUUACUUGAUGGCUCAUAUAAUGCAAAGAUAUCAGACUUCGGCUUAGCAAAGUUUGGACCUUCAGCCAGCCAAUCACAUGUCACCACUCGAGUUAUGGGAACACCCGGGUAUGCUGCCCCUGAGUAUGUUGCAACAGGUCAUUUGUAUGUAAAAAGCGACGUGUAUGGUUUUGGUGUGGUUGUGGUGGAGAUGCUAACAGGAUUAAGGGUGAUAGACCCGAACCGACCAAAUGGACAACAAACUCUCGUUGAAUGGAUUAAGCCACAUCUUGCAGAGAAAAGGAAGCUGAAGGAUAAAAUGGAUUCACGGUUGGCAGGAAGGUAUCCUUCCAGAGCUGCCGUACAGAUUGCUCAACUUGCUUUGUCAUGUCUAGGAUCUGAGCCUAAGAUGAGGCCUUCUAUGAAAGAAGUAGUGGCAACAUUGGAACAAAUUGAGUCUGUAGAUGAGAGACCAGGACCAACAAGGAAGGCAACUAAUAAUUCCAGAAACACUAAAUCUUAUAGACACGGUGGCAGUGACCACCGACCUUUGCGUCACUCUCCUCCCCCUCUUCACCCACCUCGGAAAGAUCCAAUCCGCAGCCGGACAUAAUUGAAUAUUGCUGUUUUGUUCAUGCCAUUGGUUUUUUCCUUCAUUCUAAUAAUGUAUAUAGUGGCACUAAAAUUUUGUGCCUGGUGUAUCAUAUGUAAGAGAAUUUCAUGUGGUUCAUAUAUGGAAUGUGAAUCCAAGAAUGUAACCAUUACUUCCAACAAUCUUUUGUGUAAAAGAUUGUGUGAAAGUUUCUUUCUAAUAGCAUACCCCAAUAUUCUCUUUUAGCGACACCGCUGUUCUCAACAUAGAUAAAGAUUAAAACUUUGACGAUGAUAGUUGCUACACUAGAAUAGCAAAAUGUUGUUUUGCCCC